CAAUCAGAGUGACGUCACAACAUGUCGCCCGAGCGGGUGAGGUACUAUGAAGAGACGAGCUGCUUUCUGGUGCUGAGUUCAAACUCUGUAGCGGGACAACUAGCCAGUUAGCUUAGCUUAGCUCUGUAAAACUCCAUCGACAUGGAGUUUGACGACAGCCGCAUGAUCCAGCGUACACACGCCGAAAAGAAGGCACAAGAACAUAAACAGCGGAUGACUCUCCACUGCCAGCAAUGCAACGCGGUGUGGGGGGAUUCCUUUGGGAUCUGUGGGGAGAUUAAAAGCAUGGACUCCAUCGUGUGCUUGAGAGUCACCAAUGAUGUGGUCAUCAGUGAUGCCUUGGAAUCAGGACAUAAAGGGGAAAUGGCUGGCUGCAUCUACAGUUGUCUAAAGUGUCGCGGGUGCCGCUGUGCUGUGGGGAAGGUGAUUCACUCUGCCCCGUCGCGCUUGGCCUCCAUCCGCUCCAUGUUUCUCCUCCACAAAGCCAACACCAGUUGUUACAUGCUGAACCACAGCUCAAUGGUGACAGCAUCCUCACUGACAUUUGAUCUGAAGCCCCUCGGAGAAAGCAUGAAUAAGAUGAGGCAGAAGUUUGAAGCGCAGUUGGAUCGGAUGUCCCGGAUCCAAAGCAGACUGGCUGAUGGGAGUGUCACCAGUGAAUUUGUCAAGUAGCGUGUGAAGGCUCGUCCACGUGUCCUCUGCUCGCUGCCCCGAUCCCUCCUAUAGACCCGUUGGUUGUUAAUUGUUCUUCUCAUGUUUGUUUCUAUUAUAUAUUUCUAAUGAUGCAAAGAAGCACAAGGCCAUCCAAACUGUAUCAUAAACUAAGCUCCCAAGAACUGUUGUAGCACUUGGCUUGUUUUUGAUUAAAUGGCUCUAGAUUAUCCGGUUGUCUGUGUAUGCUGAGUAACUCCCCCCACAAAUUUCUUUUAGCAGAUUAAAUAAAAAUACAAUUAAAUCAAGAUUUCUUAAGUGCUUGUAACCAACAUUUGUUUUAACCUCCACUAGCUGUUUGGCCAUGUGUCUGGUCUUUAUGCUGAGCUGACUGCCUGUAGGUCCUUGGCAGAAAGGCUGAGUGAAAAUUAU